AUGGAUCGAAGUGCCGGUCAAAUCGAUCAAUCUUUGGAUCGGACGAAGGGAGACGCAUGGAAAGCAAACGCAAACAAGCGAUCAGUUAAGGGUCCCCGGUACACAGCACAUCAGCAUACAAGAAAACAGAAUCGCACGAUCACGUACGCUGAUGCUGACGAUGAGAAGAAUCUUCAGCCGACUGGGACCUGGAGAAAUAUGGUGGCGAUCGAGUGUGGGGCCGGGUGUAGUGCCCAGAAAAAUGGAAGACUGCUGCUGCUGCUGCUAGGCACACUGUCACUAGUGUGCGCUGGGGCAGAAAAGCCUGCAGCCACGAAACCCAUAUCGGCACACGAAACGGAUCCGACGGCCGUCCAGCCGGUGCUGACCGGAAAAGCGAUCCGGCUGGGAAAGGCGAGCAGCAAAUCCACACCCAUCACGUACAUCAAGACGCUCGCGAUGGAUGGUGGCGGCGCAUCGAACGAGCUGGACGGUCACCUACAUGGGCUGCACAAGAACGCUAAUCGAUUCGCGCCGAAAUCGCUGGACGUUUCGCCGAAGAAGGACCUGAGCAAUGCGGAGCUGUUUGGGAAGCUUGGCCUCGGCAAGAUACGUCCCGCUACCAACCAUCACAAGAAGCGUCUGGCGGAGGAAUCGCGCCACUACGGACGACCGGACGAUUCACACAUGUAUGUCAUCAAGCUGCCCCCGAACCCGUACUACUACACGAACAACGCCCCACUGAACAGUAUUUCGGACGUUGGUAAACAGGUCCCGGUUGGAUUCAAAUCGAACGGCAAACCGGCACGCAUCUACCACUGGAACAUUCCGGUGCUGAAGAAGAUGCUUGGCGCGAAACAGAGCCGUCACCCGAAUUCCCGCCGGCACGAUGACAUUGAUGAGCUGAUUGACAUUAAGGAAAUUCCGACCUGGAGCAAACCGUGGGAGGCUGCGGCACCGCGCGAAAAGUCACUGCUCAAGAUGGGUUCGCACGAGCGGGAAGUGGAACCGGCGCGUCUUGCCAAGCGCAAGUUCCCGACGUACUAUGCACCGGCCAAGAAGCAAACCGGUGGUGGCAAAUCGAAGAAGCAUGCCAACAGUGGCAAAUACAACACCGGUAGCAAUGGGAAGCCGCAAAGUUUCUACAUACUGGGCGAUAAGAGUAGCAGGACAAAGAUCGUGAGUCAUCCGGUGGUUGAUGUGUAA